AUGGCAGGAGAUGAGAAUGAAUUGGUCCAGCCUUGCCACGACCCAGACCUCGACACUUUUCUACCCCCGGGGUAUCAGGAUCAAUCGCCACUCCUAGAAGACGACAUCACACAACGCAGCAUCUCGACUCAAAUCCCAAGCGCACAAUUUUCGGAGCAACCUUACGAUUCAGUAACUAAAGAUCACCUAGAACUUCAAUACUGCCUCAAUGAUGAACUUUGGGGCUCUGACAAUGUGGCAUCAGCGGCGCUAUGUGCAUCUCGCACUGUAGCUCCAGUGGAUGCUAGUUCUCGCGUGCCUGAUCUGCCAUCAAGUCAGAGCGGUUCAGUCGCAAAUGAAGAUGUCUCUCAAGAAAACAUAGGCACACGCUUCUCUAGAGAAUCAUCCAAAGUAUUAACGCGGUGGUUUGAGAGUCACUAUAAUUAUCCAUAUCCAAGCAAAGAAGAAACAGAAACGCUGCAGGAUCAGACCGGCCUAUCCAAAACGCAGAUCAAAAACUGGCUCGCCAAUACCAGGCGGCGAGAAAAGAUGCACCAGAGCGUACAGUCCUCGCGGAAGGCAACACCUGGAUUUAACUCCAAUAACGUGCCCAUAGAUAUCCCCAGACGACCCGAUACACCUACAGUCCGGACAAAGAAUGCUCACCAGGCCAUGGGGCCUCUUGAACGCUGGGUUGACUCACCUCCAGAGAGUGAGCCUGCAACGGUCACUGCUAUUGCCAAAGCAGUCCAGCGUGCUACGUCGUCACAAAGUGAGCUAUUGUCGAAAGCCAUAGACGACGGGUCCGGUCACUCUAUCAACGAAUCGUCAGACAAUAGCUAUGGCACAUCUAGUGGUAGCUCACUUACCUCUAUAUACUCAUAUGGAUCCAGUGACUCUUUCACGGGGAUGCCGGCUCCUGUGCGUAGCAAGUCACGACGUCGAAAGCGCAGGUUGAUUCCAAGGCCGAGGAGAUCUCUUAUGGGCAAUAAACAGCAUCCAUUUCAAUGCACAUUCUGUGCGGAAUCAUUCAAAACUAAAUACGACUGGCAGCGGCAUGAAAAGACUCUGCACAUACCUCUUGAACGAUGGAUGUGCUCUCCAGAUGGACCUCGGGCCAUCAACGGCGAAAACGGCCAGCUGGUCUGUGUCUUCUGUGGUAAACCAGAGCCGACCGAUGUCCAUAUCAAUAGCCAUAAUCCGAACUCUUGUCAAGAACGAAUAUUUAAUAGAAAAGACCAUCUUAAACAACAUUUACACCUGGUACACAAAUCGAAGCUAGUAGACGCGGUUACAGAAGGCUGGAAAAAGUCGACUACGAUAAUUCGAUCACGCUGUGGAUUUUGUGGAAUCCAUCUGGAUUCGUGGAACGACCGAGUGGAGCAUUUAGCUGACCAUUUCAAAAUGGGCAAGACUAUGGCUAAUUGGAAGGGUGAUUGGGGCUUCGAAGAUGCCAUUAUAGACACACUCGAAAACGCCCUUCCACCAUAUCUCCUCGGUGAAGAAAGAAGCAGUCCGUUUCCAUUCGAAGCAAGCGACAUUUCACCAGAGUCCCCUCGUUCUGCCUACGAACUACUCGUCGUCGAGCUCUCGUGCUUUGUCGAGACUUAUCAAGACAGAACUGGGCAGAUUCCUGGUAAUGACGCUAUGCAACUCGAAGCUUGUCGCAUCAUUUUCGCCUCUGAGAUAUUGUCGCUGGAAGUAGAUACACAGCCUUCGUGGCUGCGUGACUUGAUCUUGUCAAACGAGAUUAUUACUACUCAAGCACAGUUUCUUCCUAUACGAACACCAUCCGAGGGAAGGCUUCGAACACUCGAGAUUAGAGGAAAGAAAACGCUAUUCGAAGAAUGCCCUCUUGAGGCGCAACUUCAUAACUUUGUUCUUACAGAGGCUCUGGUUAAUCAGAAAACCAUCUCCGAUGCGAGUUUACAAGUUGAGAGUCGGAAAAUACUCACAGAAAUGCAACGAAGCUUACAGUUGUCCUUGUCCGAUUUAGUGUACACGUGGUUGAUGGCGUUGAUACAAUCAUCCUCGACUAAUUGGCUCGAUCACUUUAGACAACGCGUGUAUCUUCCCGCCCCUCAAAAUAGUAGCUCAUCUGUACCCUCGACUUUGAUCGGCCAUUUGGCCCCUUGGACGACGUCUGGCACGAUUCUGGACUAUCCGUAUACUGAUACUACGAAGUUUGACACUCUCAGGAUAUUUAAUGAAGAGGCUACCAAUGACGGUAGUCGAAAUAAGAAAGCUUUGCUUGGGGAGCCAGGUUCCACCUGGUCUGCAAAUCCCGGGGCUAGCACGCCCUCACCAUCACAGCAAUCCUUUACACCCAUGGCCCCGACAUUGGGCGAAGAGUUCUUCACCCACGGGCCGGUAAGUUUUGGAACAGCGGCUAGUUCUGGUCCAGAGGCAGGCAAAAGCGCGUCCCCUUCGAAUCAAGUGGAUGCUGGCUCACAGACUCAAAACAAUGGCGUUCAGAUGGGAGCUUAUAGGCUCCAUGAUCCCAAUUUUUACAAGUGGUUGGGUCGAGAGCUGGGACGCUGGGUUACUUCCAUCAUGUCUCCAAAUAACCCAAAUUGCCAUGUACCGUCCGACAAGGAGAUACAGCAUCAUGCUCGCUUUUUGAUGUAUGACGACGAUGAUCCGUGGAAUCAGACAGUUGCCGAUAAUCCAGAGUGGUUGCACCGUUUCAAGGUCGGUGUUGGUAUUAUGACGGAUAAAAUUUGA